AAUAACAAAUUGUUAUGUACACUUAUUGAAAAAAGAAACAGAUUAAAAUACAGGAAAAUAAUGGUCCAAUAAUAUCAAUGCAAUAAGCAUACUUGGAAAAAAAAAGUUUGCAUAUAAAAUAAAAAAAUAUAAAGAAAAAUUUACAUAUAAUUAAUAAGUGUAUUCAAAAUUUAACCUUUAAAAUUAUAUUUCAACGAGAAAAUCUUAGAGAUCUACGAAUAUUUUGGUUCACCACUACAUAUUUGCAAAAAAAAAGUUUGCCAGAUAAGAAUAAAAAAUAUAAAGAAAAAUUUGCAUACGAUUAAGUAACUGUAUUCAAAAUUUAAACUUUAAAAUUAUAUUUCAACAAUGGAAAACAAAAAAAUCAUACAUUUCAGAGAAAUAUUUUGGUUCAUCAAUGUGAAUAUAUAAAUAGCGUGUUUAUAUUUCCUUCCGUUCACUGUAUUUCUAAAUAUCAUGAGCUAUAGCCGAGCAUAUGAAGCCUAACAGACUUGAAUUAUACAAACGUAUGCAUACUUGUUGCAUCGUGGAUCUCGACGAAACGCAGGUAAUAACGAGCAUUGCAUCUAGGUUCAAUAGUCGGCGCAUGAUAAAUAACGGACAAAUAGAGGGAGGCAAACAAACGAGGACGACAGAGGAAAUCGAAGUUCAAAUAGACAUGAGCAAAUAGCACAGCAAAUAGAAAGAAUAGCCUCGUGGAACGAAGUAAUCUAAAGGGUUGAAAUCUUGUUUCGAACUGUACACGCACGCAUAUAAUAAACACAUCUAUACAUAUCUAUUGUGUGUUCUCAAUCUAUGUAUCAUUCAGCUUCGCAAGAAGUUCGCAAGAUAAUUUUCGUUAUUAUAAUCAUUUUCAUGAAAAUUUUUACUAAAAUUUAUGUAUCUUACAAUUGUGCUUAAGAUUUGCAUUAACUUAUUUUAAUUGAUAGAAUUUCACAUAUAUAUGUGGUACGAACUAGAAAUACGAAAUGCAAAUAGGCAAUACAUAUCUAUUAUGUAUUCCUAACAAGGUAGUUUUUGAAACAUCAUUAUAAUCAUUUUUACAUGAAAAUUUUUAAUAAAAUUUAUAUAUCUUACAAUUUGUAUUCAAGAUUAUUUUAAUUGAUAAAAUUUCACAUAAUAAAUGAUCAUUAUACUUAAAUGCAAUUUCAAAAAUCGAAAUUUCUCAAAUCUUUGAUUCUUCACGAAACAAUACACUCUGAAUUAAAUCCUAAUUUAAAUCCUUAAAAUUUUCCAUUCAAAUCUGUCGAGUCCAAAACUUCCCAACUCUAAUUCAUUAUAACACAUUUAUUAAAAAAAAUCGAAGAGAAUUGCAUAUAGUAAAAUUGAAAAGCACUAUACUACGAAAUAUACAUAUAUCAGUGAAUCAAAGAAAGGUUAAAGGUGCGUUCGAAGUUUAGUGUGAAUGCACGCGAGCCCACGUGAGGUGGCCAGCGCAGGUGUGAUCGUACCUUUAGCGCGAGUGGGUGGCCAGAGGGGGAUGGCUUAUCGACCAGGAUGCUCUAGGCUCCAGAAGCUCAGUAUUCGCGGGACCACCACCCCGUCGAAGCGAUCUCCUCGUUCAACCGAGACAUAAACGAACAGUGCUUACUUACACCUCUUGUUCCAUCGUUAUAUCACACCGAUGUACCGUUCAUCGUGAGAACGAGCCUUCUCACUUGUCACCGGUUUUAUCCUUCUCGCGAAUCGACGUUUCUUCAACGGAAGCUUUCGUCGAACGCAAUAAUCAAAAUGAUAACGGCGUUACCAGUACCCUCGGUGAAGGUCUUCCACAAAACCUAUUACCAGGAGAAAGGAUCCAGGAUAGGGAAUAGUCAACCUGGAAGCCCUUUGGCCGAAAGCGAAGCAGUGCUGGCGUUAGUUGAUAAGGAACCCCCGGAAUAUUACUUCUGCGGCAAGGUCAAUUCGUUACACGUGGUGGUCGGAUCAUUGCUGCUGGGCGCUGUGGUGUUGGUUGUAGGCUUGGUGCAACUCGCGCCCGGGGCAGAAGCUGCACAAAACUCGACCGCCCUUAUCGUCGUUGGAUGCAGUUUACUCAUGGUCGGUGUUUUCCUCGCGCCUCUCAGAGCGCUGUGUAUCAAGAGACAGAAGGCUGCGCAGAAGGAUGGGACGCAUCAAAGAAGCGUCACCAGUAUAGACAUGCUGUUGGCUCAACACAGAGAUUUCACGGUCCUGACGCCGGACGAGUUGGAGGACCUCGUAGGCCGGCCGACCUCCGCUCUCGAGAACAAAAUCCGCAAACAGGGCCAGAAUACCUAGGUAUUGCCGGCCUCGAAGAAGGCCCAUCCAUCCUCGCCAUCGUGCUCGAACACGCCAUCGUCAUCGACGUCGCCAGGAACUAGCUCAUCCAUUCUCUACACUCAUCGUUACGACUCUCGUGAACACAGUCUGGUUUAAGCAAGAAAAGAAAAGAAAAGGGGAAAAAAAAAAGAAAAAAGAAAAAAAAUAGAAAAUGGAAAAUAAAUAGAAGAAAAAACAGACAGACUGGCGUACAAUGUCAGUUCGUUCGACUUUUUAGACAGAAAAUUCAAUUCUCGAAUUGCACGCCGAACGGGUGCAACACCAGUUUACUUCUACGAACAUGUGUCUACGCUUGCCUUCACCUUGGUACCUUGGAGGUGAAAGUUGAGGAGGAAAGAAGAAAAAAAAAAAAAGAAAGAAAAAAAUAUCCUUGAAAUUUUGGAAAUUUCACGGGCGCAAGAACGAGAUGUAUGAGUUUUGUUCUUUUAAUUGAUAAGCACUCGCGAUAGGAAAUCGCCUAAAAAAAAAAAAAGAAAAAAAAAAACGCCAAGUUCUUUCCGGAUUGUCGUUGCUUCGCGGACUCGGGGUCCAAUUUUUUCGAAUAUAUUGCACAAAAGAUGGAUGGAUCUUGGAAAUGGGAUCGAAGAAAACUCGACGACAGGAAGAUGCCAAUUGUUGAUCAAGUUCAAGUCUUGAUCCGUGUGGAGAAAUCAAUAAGACGAUGAAGAAAAAAAAAAAAAAAAAAAUGAAGCAAAAGGGACCUAAUUAUGCGGCUGCCUUCCUUUCGAUCGUCGAUUUUUUAAAAAUCUCUCGAUUCUCACCACUUAGGAUCUUUUCUUCUCGAGCACGUGCGGAUGUUUCUUUAUUUGUUUCAAAUAUGGCACGCUUGCUUCCUUGCUCGCGAACGAUCCUUUGCGAAUGUUUUAUCGAGGAUAAUAUAAUAUAGUAUAUGUUAAGUAUACAAAGUCAAUCUCGUGGUCGUUCGUUGGCACGAAAAUCGUUGGAUGAUUGGACACGAUGCAUGCGGAUUACGUUUCAACUUUGCAUUUAAACCAACCUGUAAGUCGCGAUCAAGAGAGGUUAGAUUUUUUUUUUUCAAUGACUUUUCUUUCACUUGUUAUAUUUUAAUGUAAAUAAUUUUAACUAUUACCAUAUUUUAGAGAUACGAUAAUGCUCUCGAGUUUACUUUAUGGAGAAGAGAGUAUUGCAAAAUAUCCUUCAUCGAAGAUAUUUGUUAUUUUUAUCUUUUUAUUCUUUUAGGUCGUAUUGCUAUAUUUUACGUAUAAAGACGAUUUCACUCUUUCUGUGAAGGAAAGUAUUUUUUAUUUUUAUUUUUCUUUCUACUUUUCCAUUUUUAUCCUUAUUUAUUUCUAUUUUUCUUUUCAUCAUGUCCGAAAAGAGCCAGUUAUUAUUUGAAUGUAUCACGAAAUGGGAUCGCAACUCGGGAAAAGAUUGAAAAAAACGCUGCAUUAAGAGGUAAAAAUAAGAGUAGCGUUUUCGACACGUGAAAAAAAUCUCGUACGCACGAAAUCUUAAGGUAUCUGCCUUUCGUUGCACUCUCUCGUUCAAGACUGUACCAACGAUGAAACUUCAAAUCAUUAUCGAGGAGUUCGUAUAUUCACAAUUCUUCGAAGAAUCUUCGACAAUGGGAAGAAAUAGAAGAAGAAGAAGAAGAAGAAGAAGAAGAAUCACGAAAUUGUCCGUGAGAGAGACAAUUUCGAAGGCUGCUUCACGGCUAACGAACGCUGAAAAUUUUUCGAUUCGGGAGAAGCAUCGUUUACCACCAAAGAGACCAAAAAAGCAAUUUCGUUCUUCGAGACUUCAUUGUGUUCAAAUCGCCAAGAUACAAGUCUGACUCUGAAGCACGUUAAUUAAUCGUUUAAACGUUAUAUUAAAAAGAAAAAAAAAAACAAAAAAAGUAAUAUGAUAAAUUGAUGAUGUGCCGCUGAUGUGAGAAGAAAUUAUAUAAUUAAUCGCAAGUUUUUUCUAUGAAAAUUUAGAUUAAUUGAUUACUUCAUUACAACAAUCUCAUUUCAUGGAAAAAUAUGUAUAUACAUAUAUUAUACAUAAAACGAAAGAGGAUAAAAGAAGAAUGGAGGAAAGGGAAGAACAACGAUAGAAGUGAUGCUUAAAAUUUGCGAUUUGGAAACGAUCAAGUGAAUCACGUGUGUAUGUAAGUAGCUUGGAGCGGCCUUGUUAUAAUCAACAAACACCCUGCAGACAUUCGCAGAAUAUUUUUAGUCGGGUCUCGAUGCACCCGAUUCACUUGCCAGUAAUAACAUUUAAACGAAUAAAUUCUCACACUAACGUAUAUCUAUCACCGCAUGAUGUAUUUGCACAUAUCUUCGAAAUAUUAAGUAGUAGCUGUAAAAACAAAUGUUCGAGGAAAAAUGAGAGAGGGAGGAGGAGAGGAUAUUUUGAAAAGUGGAACAGUGUGACGAGAGUCGAUGCUCGAAGAGGAGGCUUCUUAACAGAACAGAAUAAUCAUAUCCAAUUGACAUUUUGAUUCUCUGAAACGAGAAAGAACUCAUAAAGUUACAAUUUACAUCAUUGAACCAUGUUUAAGAUAACAAUGAUAAUUUAGCAUUACCUUGAAUAAUUUCUUUCACAUCCAUCUAUAAAUCACAUAAUCAUAGCAUAGAAGAGCACAGUUACUUUCAAAUAUCGAGUUCCUGCUAAAUUAUCACGACAAUGUCUUGUCAAUACUCUGUCUGUGUUCGAGAUGAGACAAGUUUUCAAAAAGAGGAAAAGAAUAAAAAAAAAAAGGAUGAGAAAUAGGUGAACAGAAGGAAGUCUAUAUACAUAUAUAUAGACUUAUUCUGGUAAAUAUAAUAUUUGGAUAAUAAAAAAAAGAUAAAAUAUAAAAAAAACGAUCGCAUCAAGUCGAUCUCAAUCGAGAUAACUUUAUGUACGUUCUAAUUAAGCUAGUGAAUUUUACGAGUGACGAUAUAUUUCAUAAAAUAUUUUUAUGAUCGACGAAAUUAUUUGAGGAGAGAAUUUAAGAAACAAAGCGAGAAGAAAGGUUUGCGAUAUAUACAUAAAUAAUAUAGACAUAUACGUAUACAUGUGUCUUUUAAAUUAGUAAUUAAUUUCACGGACUGUUUGUGUACAGAUAAAUGACGAUUACGAUAUGCGCUUGGAUCGAGUACAGGACUUCAUGUGCUUCAUUGGAACACCAAGAUUCGUUGAUUCUUACGACAUAUCCUCGUUUCCAUUGAGGAUGGGAAACUCGAAACUUCGAAACCUAUAUAAUAUUAUCUUGAUUAAUACUUAAUUUCACUUUCAUCAAGGUAAGAUAUUAAAAGAUGUUUAUUAUUACAACAAUGCCUUACUACAAUUUAAAAAAUUUCUCAAAUCAAAAUUUGUUAUGUAAGGUUUUAAAUAAACAAAAGUUGAUAAAAGAAUUCUUCUUUAAAAAGAAAAAGAAAAGAAUAAAAGGAAUAAAAUAAGCAUUUUAGGUUUCUGAGAUCUUUGAGAGUUCCUUGUCAAAUUUCGAAUUUGAAUUUCUAAAAUGUCAAAUCUCAACUCAUCUCUUGGCAUUGUUAACACAAUUCUCUUCGUGAUUCAUCAAAAAAAGAGAUUCACCAGUGUUUUCAAAAAUUCUUCAUCGUGUAACGAUACUUAUGUUGUAACAACGAGGGAUGAAGAUAGAAUACGGUUCACCGUCCAUGAAUGGCAAUGUGAACGAAAUCGUGGAACAAUGAUAUAACGUUCUAUUGCAAUAGAAGGGAAAUGAAUAAAGAAAGAAACUCGUGGUUUUCGUUUGAAUUGUUUGAAGACAUAAAUUAUUAUCACGUGUGAGUCGAAUUAUUAUGGUGGACGUGUCACGGCCGAAGAAUGGAGAUCGUGAAUGUUUGAAACAUACAGGAAUAUUUAAUAAAUGAUGUGCUUCAUAUUACGAAACAUAAAUCGAUGUUUAGGCUUAAUCCGUAGGCGUUAAGGCUGCUCUCGUUCGUGUGUGUUAAAAAGAAGGAAAGUAGUGAACGAGAUUCUUGAUUGUUGGAUAUUGUCAAAUUUAGGGAUAAUUGCUCGAGAAAUGAUCGUGUCGAUCUCAGAAAGGCUGUUAGAAUCAUAUUUCACGUUUUCUAUUUCAUGAUAUAAAUGAUAAUUAUCAUAAGAAUCUGGAUUCGAUUCAUUUUAUACGCCCAGACUAUUGUUGAUGAUUGUUUUUUUAUUAAAUGAUUAAAAUAUUGUAUGAUAAUUAAAAAAAUUAUAUCUAAUCUAUUUGAAAAUAAUUAUAUAUAAACACUGUUGUACUGAUCUGAAAUACAUUUAUAAAUA